GCUUCUUGGAGCUAGUGAAACACUAGCUCCCAGGAGAACACCUGAAGGUCAGAUCUGUGCUUCUCAUCUCUAGACCAUCCUCCCUGGAUCCGUGUCUGAUUUGUAGGGAAAGAAGGCUGGUUGGCCAAACACACCCAGACACCUACACUAUAGGGUAGUGUGGCUAGACCUUCCCAAAGUGCCUUGCAGCAGAUUACUUCCUACGAGGCCCAGCUUCUGACUCCUAGAAGAGGGAGGGACAGUCCAGAAGGAGGGAUCCAGACUAGAGGAAGAAGAAAAGGACCUGAGGGCCCAACCUCUAGACGCAGGCAUGGUGAAACCCAGCCAUCAAGAUAAGGCGCCAGAAGGCCAAAGGUCUUUUGCUGGAAACCCUCCCUCAAACUAAUCAAGAGAUGGAAACUCCAUCUCAUCACUUCUCCCCAGAGGAGCAGGCUCUGCUCUACGAGGAAGCUCUCUAUACGGUCCUGCACCGGGUAGGCCAACCUGAGCCUAAACAUGUGGCAGAAUCCUCUGAGCUGCUGAGCUAUCUACAGGAGGCCUUUCACAUGAAGCCCGAGGUACAUCAACAGGUGCUCCGAAAAGUUCAGGAUCUUGAGAAGCCCUUGUUUUGCCUGAAGGUGACAGUAAAGCGGGCCAAAGGCAUUCUUGGAAAGGAUGUCAGUGGGUACAGUGAUCCCUAUUGCCUGCUGGGCAUUAUCGAGCAGGGCGUGAGCGUGCCAGAUGGCAGCCCAGGGCAUCGGCGACGGCAGAAGGCCGUAGUGAAGAACACAAUCCCUGAAGACCAGACCCAUCGGACCCAGGUCAUCAGCCAGACCCUCAACCCUGAGUGGGAUGAGACUUUUUUCCUGGAAUUUGAGGAUAUCACCACUGCCAGUUUCCAUUUGGACAUGUGGGAUGCAGACCAGGUGGAGUCUGUGAGGCAGAAACUGGGAGAGCUGACAGAUUUGCAUGGCCUCCGGAGGAUCUUCAAGGAAGCCCGGAAGGACAAGGGACAGGAUGACUUCUUGGGGAAUGUGGUCCUGAGGCUGCAGGAUCUACGCUGCCGGGAGGAUCAAUGGUACCCACUGGAACCACGAACAGAGACUUACCCAGAUCGAGGGCAGUGCCACCUGCAAUUUCUACUCAUUCAUAAGCGAAGGGCCACCACUACCAGCCGAACCCAUCCCAGUUACACCGUGCAUCGUCACCUCCUUCAGCAGCUGGUGUCUCAUGAGGUCACUCAGCACCAGGCUGGUAGCACUUCCUGGGAUGGAGAGCUGAGCCCCCAGGCCUCCACCAUUCUCUUCCUCCAUGCCACACAGAAAGACCUAUCUGAAUUUCACCAGUCUAUGGCGCAGUGGCUGGCCUAUAGCCGACUCUACCAAAGUCUGGAGUUCCCGGGGAGCUGCCUGCUGCACCCCAUCACUGCCAUGGAGUAUCAGUGGAUACAGGGAAGGCUGAAACCAGAGCAGUGCGAAGAACUGGCUGCCUCUUUCAACUCCCUACUGACCUAUGGACUCUCCUUGAUCCGGAGGUUCCGCUCCAUAUUCCCCCUCUCAGCCUCUGGCUCCCCAGCUCGUCUGCAGUCCCUCCUCAGGGUCCUGAUACAAAUGUGUAAGAUGAAGGCAUUUGCAGAGCUGUGCCCUAAUGGGGCACCCUUGUCUUCUCUGGUGACUGAAGUGCUGCGGACAGGCACCCUCGAGUGGUUCCAUAUGAAACAGCAGCACCAUCAGCCCAUGGUCCAGGACAUGCAAGAAAUGUGUAAGUCCAUAUUGAGCCUGGUUCUAGAUGUCAGUGGGGAUCUGCGUCAGUGUCAGAGAACCUGGAACAAAAUCUUCAACAAUACACUGAAGAUUCAGUUUUUCUCCAUGGCUUUCUUGGAACUGCAGAAGCUUGUGGCCCAGAGGGUAAAGGAACACAUGGCGAUGGUGGGUAGCGUCGUGUCCCCAGAGAUAGGGGAGAGCUUAUUCCAGCUCUAUCUUAGCCUCAAGGAGCUCUAUCAGCUGGUCCCCCCUCCUUCUGAGAGGGAUGGGACUCUGGAUCUGGAUGGCUUCCACAAAUGGUUCCUCCCAGCCAUCCCUGCCUGGCUGCUGAAGACCUAUAGCGUGGCAUUGGCUCGGCUCCAGCGGGCAGUGCAGAUGGACCAGUUGGUCCCUCUGGGUGAGCCGAUCAAACAUAGCACAUCUGCUGUGGACCUGUCCACGUGCUUUGCCCAGAUCAGCCACACUGCCCGACAGCUAGAUUGGCCAGACCCCGAGGUUGCUUUCAUGAUCACAGUCAAGUUUGUUGAGGACACCUGUAAGCUGGCUCUGGUGUAUUGUAGCCUAAUCAAAGCUCGGGCCAAGGAACUCUCUGUCAACCAGAAAGACCAGGGACAGGCAGCUAAUAUGCUGUGCGUGGUGGUGAAUAACAUGGAGCAGCUUCGGCUGGUGGUCCUGAAGCUCCCAACCCAACUGGCAUGGAAAGACCUAGAACAGUGGGCAGGCGCCAUCUUAGAGCCAGAACAGCUGCAGCAUACGCUCCACGCCCAGCUACAGGGUGCCCUGGCUGGCCUGGACCACGAGAUCCGAAGUGGUGUUCGGACCCUGGCUGAGCAGUUGGAGGCUGGCAUUUCUAGACACAUCCAGAAAAUUGUGGGCACCAGUAAAGCCACCGUGCCUGAAGAUGCCAUCCUACCUCUGAUGAAAUUUUUAGAGUCAGAGUUUCAUUACAUGAACAGGAACUUGGUGCAGGAAAACUUUAACAGUCUCCUAUUGCUGCUCUGGACUCACACACUCAGCGUGCUCACCCAAACAGCUGCGGCCCAGCAGAGUUCACUCCUUACCUCCCAAAAGCUGAAGACUGCCCUGCAGAACCUUGAGCUCUGUUUUUAUGGUGAGGGUUGUGGCCUGUCCCCCGAAGCCCUUCACACACCAUCACUGCAGGAUCUUCAGAGAAAGCUGGAACUGCAGGCAUCCUCCAGUCAGGAACUCAUUCAAAGAUAUUUCAGUAACCGCAUCCAGCAACAGGCGGACACCACGUCAGAAGACUUUGGGGCCAUUACCAUUAAGGCCUCCUAUAGACUCUCAGAACAGAAGCUCCGGAUCGAAGUUCUCAGCGCCUCCAACCUGCUACCCCUGGACUCCAAUGGCACCAGUGAUCCCUUUGUCCAGCUGACCCUGGAACCACGACAUGAGUUUGCAGAGGUGGCCCCUCGGGAGACACAGAAGUUCAAAAAGGAGCUGCACCCCCUGUUUGAUGAAGCCUUUGAGUUCUUGGUGUCUCCAGAGUCAUUCCAGAAGAAAGGAAAUUGCCUCUUGCUCACUGUGCUGGACCACGACAGGCUGGGGACUGAUGACCUGGAGGGAGAGGCCUUCCUCCCUCUCAACGCUGUCCUGGAGCUCUCUGGGGACAAUAAUCCUGGCCAGGUGCCUCAGACACGUUUGCCUCUCACCUACCCUGCCUCUAAUGGGGACCCUAUCCUGAAGCUGCUGGACAUCAGAAAGGGCGAUCGGGAAGCUCAGGCUUUUGUUAAACUCCGAAGGCAGCGGGCCAAACAGGCUGAGCGUUUGGGACAGUAAAAAUGGAAGGGACCUACAUGGGCCCAGGGGUUGAGUUAGGUCUGGGAUCUUCCCUUCAUCCCCUACCAGAACAGAUAUUCCUAACCUGCCCAGCCCAGCACCCCUAAGCUCCUCAGUGAUUAAGGGUUGACACUGAUCACCCUUCAGGGGUUCAGAAUGGCACAAUCCAGAAGUCCACAGUGGUAAUGACUAGAAGGGCUAUGUAUCCUCUGGAGAUCCUUAGUCAGACCAUUAUGCCCUCACCACAUCCUGGUUUUUUUCCUCUAGGGUCCCUAAGAGGAAUGGGUAACAACUGUCCUCUGCUUUCCAGCUCAGAGACAUUCUUCAAAACCAGGGAAACACUCUAGGGUAGAAAUGGGGAGGGGAAAGACAAGAGUCUGUACUAGAUUCUUACCCCUUCUCAUAGAAAAAAAAAAAACUAUUCUGGUUGAACUUAGUUCCAACAAUUAUGGUCAGAGUCACGCAAUGUCAGAGCUAGAAGGCACCUCAGGAACCAUCUAAUCCAAUCCCUUCAUUUUAUAGAGAAGGAAACUGAGGCUCAGGAAAAGGCUCACUUGCCCAUAGUGAAUGGCAGAGACAGAACAAUAUAAUUCAACUCUGAGCCCAGUGUGUGAGCCUCUUCCCACCUGCUCAGUCCCUGAAGUAUAGGAGACAGAGCCCUCAUCAGUCUCAGGUUCCCCGGACCUUCGCUCCCUUGUGCCCAGCGGAUUUGGAAGGGGAAUUGACAGUUGGGGGGGGUGGAGUAGGAUGCUGCUGCUUUGGUGACACACUGGGACUAACCCUGGGUAACAGAACAGGGAAGAGUUGGCUGGGACCAGAGCCUUGUCCGCUGGGCUCAGUGAGUAGAUAGGACUCUGGUUGUGAUGCGCCACUGGGGACUCCUAGGCUCCCUAGCUACAGCCAGAGUCCGAAGAGUACCAGGAACUCGAGAGCUGACUGACAGGUCAUCAACUUAGAAGUCAAAGCCCUCCUCCUUCCCUCCCCCAGCACUGAGUUUUCUUUCUUCGGGAAACAAUGAGAAUAUAUUGUUCUCCCAGAAAAUCCAUUGCGCUCUCUGCGGUGGGAUCUACGCGGCUCUAGCUGAGCUCAGGACAUAUGGUAAAGGGCCACCAACCUACCCUCCUCCAAGUUCACUCCAAAGCUGUUCUUCCCUCCCCACUGCUACGGCGGGCCUGUGGUGGGUGAGGAUAGAUGUGGAGUGAGAACGGAGGUGUAGAACAGGGUAGUUCUGUAGUCUUACUCUACUUGUCGGGGUAGGGCGCCGUUUCUGGAACUGUGAUUGUUUGCUUUUAGAAAAAAAAAACUUUAUCAGGUCAUUUAAUAGAAACAUCUAAUUCUGUCUCUUACUACUCUGGGAUUUCUAGAUGGAAACACUGUGCUUAGGGGUCUGAGUUUGUAGGCAUGGGUCUGAAAUUGUCAUCACUGGGUUUGAGGCUACGAGUGUGUUAUGAUGAGUGGAUUAGGGCCUUACUGCCCUGCGGGGUGUCUCUUGACAGAGCUGCGCCUCAGACUACCCAAGGGUACGGCCUUUGCCACAAGAAGGUGCCCACAGAAGUACUCCCAUUAUAGCCAUAUGAAAUCCAGGAGAGUCUCCUAGCUUCAGUUGGGUUAUUUGGUCUCAGAGAUGUCUAGACGUCUAGUUGGGGUGGGGGGACCAACGUCCCUUGCUCUGCUCCAAUUGGAGUACAUUCGUGGAGCGCUGAAACCUGUGUGCUAGACGCUACUGAACAUGAGUGGCUGAAAACCAAAGCAGUCCUUGGCUGUGUCAGGGACUGGCCACUCGAGCCAGAAGUGACCCACUCAGUAGAUCUUAAAGGGAGUGACUUGACUCUGAGGCUCUCUUCCUAUUUGCCAACUAGGUCAGGACUCUCUAAGCCUCUUGGAGUUGGGAGGCAUGUGUCCGCCUUCCCUCCACCCCAGCAAUAUGGCAGCUGAGAGCAGACUGUAAACAGCAUUCGUCCUCCUGGGGUGAGCCUGAACCUUGGCCUUGGGCUGCCUGUUCGGUUUCAUUUCUUUUCCCGAGAUUGAGCAGCAACAUCCAGUUGGACAUUCCCAUCCUUGAAGACAACCGUGUGAGUUUUGAGAAUUUGGGAGCUCCUUGGUCCUCGGCGGGAGAGAGCUGCACUUUGGUAGAAGUCCCUAACAAACACUUUGGGAGCCUAGCCCAGGGCCUGGCUUGCCAGAAGGCAGGGACCUAGAGGGAUUCAUCUGGGCAAUGCGGAGUUGUGAAGACGCAAGGCCAUUUCAGCAGUUCCACAAAUGCCUCAUGUUUUGAUGUUUUAACUAUCAACCUCUGAGGAGAGUUUAACAGUUGAUAUAAGUUAUUACUACUGCUUGUUUAAGCCUUUGUUAAUGAGUACUUCUGAAUCUCUUGUGUUAAAUUUACCUUUUAUGUGGAGAAAUAAAUAGCUAUCCCAUACCUGCUUUA